AUGGACACCUUCCUGGAACAAGGCUCGCUUGCGAGAAACUCUGGUGACCCGCAGAUCUUUACUGCGAUUCCAGUGGAUCUAGAACAGGGGCGAAGUCAGCGACGUCUCACCCGCCUGGUAGCUGCAAGUGGCAGCGUGUUGGCAGCUUUCCAGGGUGGUGAGGUUGCAAGAUGGUUCCCCGAUGAAAACGAAUUCACCUUGAUUCAUUUCGGAAAAGACCGGGUAGGUGAAAUCUCCAAGGUGCUCUUGGACCCCACCGGCUUCCAUGCGUUGAUGACCAAUAGCAGUGGAGACACCUGGUACUUGAAUUAUCAGAGUACUCAGCCAGUCCGACUGCCAAAGCUAAAAGGUCAAGUCUUGGAGUCGGCAUCCUGGGACGUAGAGGCAACGUGGACCAGUACUCGCGACUUGCUGUUGGGAACUCGCUCCGGCCAGAUCCUCCAGGUGGUGAUUGAGUCGAAGGACGCAUCAAGAGCCGCGCAGGAAAAAUCCAUAAAGACACUUUGCGAAUUUGAGCGUGCAGCUCCUGUGUUGGGCAUCCACCGUGAAAGAGUCUACUCCACCGCCGAUGGUCUGGAGAGACUAGUGCUUUUUGCAGCCGCUGGCUGCAGUCUCUAUGCAUUUGUUGGAGCUAAUUUGGAGAGCCUUUUUCAGCGAUACCAGGGUGAGCGGGUCACUUCCCGUGCCAGAAUUUAUGAAGUCCCGUUUGACUCACCUUAUGGUGAUCUUCAAAUAGAUGAAGCAUGUGUGGGACCUCCUGGCACGAAAGUGCUCUUUUGGCUUACUGGCGUGGGAGUUCUAGCGGCGAAGGUGCAGUCUACUAUUGAUGAGGAUGCGGUGCAGAUGACUUCAGCCGUCUUAGAGUCGCCGCCUGGUCUGGUUCCUUUCCCAAGCAAGGCAGCUGCUGCAAAUGGUGGUGUGGUGUCACCCUUUUUACCUGCUCCACCGCCACCAGCGCCACGGUCCAUGGCUUUGACUCGCUAUCAUAUCAUCUUUGUCUUUGAAGAUCGAUGGAUAGCUGUCAGCAGGAUUACUCAUGAAGUAAUCCAACAGCAGGACUGGGCAAUGUCUACAUAUGGGCCAUUGCGUGGUGUUGCAAGGGAUUUGUAUGGCGAGAAGCUUUGGCUUUGUUCUGAAAGACAUGCAUUCGGGCUACACACGGAGAAAGAAGAUCGCAAUGUUUGGGCACUGCUCCUGAGACUGGAGCAGUUUGACGAUGCACUGUCCGCUUGCAAACGACCUUCGCAGCGCAUGCGUGUUUUAGCAACGCAUGCAGAUUGUUUGUUUCGGAAGCCCGGCAUGGAGAUCCAAGCUGCCAGGAAGUUUGCAGAGUCUACAGUCCCGUUUGAGCAUGUUGCCUUGCGCUUUCUCGGAGGCAAGAAAGCCGGCUUGCUGGAAUAUCUUCGUUGCCGCCUGAAAAAUGCUGACGACCAGGUCACGCGCUCGCUGCUCAGUGUUUGGGCUGUAGAGAUCUCUCUGGCCAGACUGAAUGAACUACGCCAAGCCGAAGAUCUGGAGACCUUGGCGCUGGAGCGGCAGCAGCUUUCAGAGCUUCUUCGAGAAUGUACUGAGCUUGACGUUCAUGCGACAAUCUACCACUUGUUGCAGAGUCACGGCUGGUUGGAUGAAUUGGCGAUGUUCGCGGAGAUGAGAAAAGACUUCACCACGGUGAUUCUACACCACGUUAGCCGCCGGGAUUGUGGGAGCGCCAUUCGCAAGCUCAAUGGAUUUGGCGGAGGAUUGGAACUUGUUUGUCGCUUUGCACCUGUGCUUUUUGGUGCUGAGCCGAAUGCUUUCGCUUCACUCCUCCUCCGUCCGCAGCUUUCCACUGUCGAUCCCUUGCUGGUGCUGCCAGGGGUGUAUUCUCCUCAUUCAUCUCAAACCCACAGGGCAGAGGCAAUGCGAUACUUGGAACAUGCUCUGCGACACACCCCUGAGUUGCACCAAAGCGGGGGCGAUCUGGAAAUUCGAGCGAGUUCUUCCCGCACAGGAGGAAGUUUGUUGCUCGAUAACCUGGCCAGCGUGGGUGAUGAGACUGGACAUGCGAUGCAGCAAAGUGGUUGGGCAAGUGGCACAGCCAUUUUGAAUGCCAUGGUGGUACUGCUGGCGACCGAUUGCACCCAAAACGCGGGAGGGGACACAGGCCCAGAGGAUGCUGAGGCCGCUUUGCUGCGUUUCUUGGAAGCUCAGGAGGCAAAUCCAUUGCUGGAUCCUCACUUUGCUCUGCGCAUUUGCCGGCAGAAGGGACUCAUCAAAGCUAUGGUGCUUCUGUACGGCCUGAUGCAAAUGCAUGAGGAAGCGGUGGAGGUGGCACUCAAGCAUGAAGAUAUUGCUUUGGCCAAGCGCAGUGCUUGCAAGCCACCGGAUACGGAAAAACGACUGCGCCAGAAGUUGUGGCUGCGCAUUGUCGAGCAUCAGGCAGCAACCAGUGAUGUGCAGAAGAUUAUUGGCCUCAUCCGUGAGUCACAGGAGCUAACAGUUCGAGAUGUGCUGCCUUACUUGUCCGACUCCAUGACCAUUGACGCAUUCAAAGAUGAAAUCUGCGAAUGUCUUGACAAAUACGAAGGUCAGAUUGUCACUCUGCGACAGGAAAUGGAUGAUCACCGCCGAGCACUGUCAGCUUUCAAAGAAGAUCUCAAGAAAGCAGAAGAGCGAUGCAUCGUGGUGGCGGCAGAUCAGUGCUGUGAAAUCUGUGGCGCUGACGCCAUGACCGAGCGCUUCUACGCCUUUACUUGUACUCACUGUUGCCAUGAAGCAUGUCUUCGUGCGUUGAUCCUCCCUACGCUCUCAGAGAAAUGCCGUGAGCACCUCUUCAAACUGGAGGAAGCAAGGCUGCAACAUCAGGCGGCAGCAGCUGGGGCCGCAGCGAAACCCGGUUCUCCUCUGGCGGAGGUGGAAGAUGAGUUGGACGGGAUCCUUGCAGAGGAUUGCCCUUUCUGUGGCCAGCUGAUGAUCGACACCAUCAUGAAGCCCUUCAUUGAUCCCAAUGAAGCUGGCGAGGCGGAGGAAAUCGAGUCAUGGGCGAUUUGA